CUCUGCAAAGGGGCAAUGGUGAGGUUGCCGGUAUAUUGAACGGAAGCUGGACCAGUUUUGUUUCGACUUUAUAGUUCAGUAUCAAACCCUACGCGGAAUGGCGAGGUGGUAUAAUUGUCAGGCAAGUGCCGCUAACGAUAAGAUGCCGUUGCUGCUGAUUUUUAUCGGGACGAUAUUCACCCUCGCUGAUUGCGCUUUCCAAGAGAACGUUGGUUUGGAUUUCGGCUACAAUAACGGAUACCAGAAUUAUCAGCCGGUGGUAUCCAUAAACCGUCCAGUGGUCGUUAAGGAAGUAGGAAAAAAAAGUGGACAAGAUUUUAGUAAAAUUCCUGGCGUUCCUGGGGUGGAUUACCCGAUUUAUCACAAAGUUCCCGAAACCAGUUUCUCAUGUUCCAACGUACCUUACGCUCCUGGAAUGUACGCAAACGUGGAAACCGGCUGCCAGGCGUACCACGUUUGUCACGACGGAAGGGAGGGACACCAGGGUGCCUCAUUUUUAUGUACGAACGGUACUCUAUUUAAUCAACAUGAAUUCGCCUGCGAUUGGUGGUACAACGUUAAUUGCGCCGACGCUAUCAGUUUGUACAGUCUGAAUUUGGAUCCAACGAAAAAUCCGUUUGUGCCAAAACGGAAGCCCGAGGAACUGGAGACUCAUCAGAAACUGAGAAUCGCGGUUUACUAACAAUGUGAGGUCGAGAAAAUUACGAGCAUCGACAAAUUGUUGUUUAAUUUUUCUAAAAUUCUUCUUUUUUAUUUUUUAUCUUGCUCAUACCUACUCAAAAUUCGUUAUUUGCAUGUAAUAUGAAAUGCGGUCUGAUUUUAUAAAAUAAAUAGUCGAUCCGAUCAAUGGCAUUGUCAAUGGAAAAAGAUUACGCGCUAACGAAAGGAGCCGCUAAAUAAAGAAGAAAAAAAAAAAACAGCACUCAUAAAUAAAUAAAAAAUUAAAAUAAUAGGUGGAGGGGUUAUACGUACGCAUGGUAUAAUAGUGAUGAUAUUAAUCAUAAUAAUAAUCCUAAUAAUAUCAA